AUGACCGCCGUUGCCUAUAGUUUUAUGACCCUGAAUGCGGCGAAAAAGGAAAGAGAAAAUUACGAUAGACGCCGAGCUGAAACGGAUUAUUAUGACCGGCUCUUUAAUUUGUCACGUGAUUAUCAACCGGAUGUGAGUUCGGAGCCAUCUUUGUCGUUACCACGGCCAGGAUCCAAGCGACGAUCAAAGAAAAAACAGUCCUCUAAGAAUAAGGGGGGCGGAGUAAAAAAGGCCGAGAGAAGACAAAGGCGAGCGAAGAAAAGGCCGAGAAAGACAAAGGCCGAAAAGAAAAAGGGGAGCAAAGAAAAGGGCCCCGAGCAAAGAAAGCGCCGAGAGGAACAGCGCCGAGCAAAGCACAGGCGGAGCAGAAGACACAGGCGCCGAGCAGAAGACACAGGCGCCGAGCAAAGACCAGCGGGAAACCGCGCAGAAAAGACACAGGCGCCGAGAGAAGACACAGGCGCCGAGCAGAAGACACAGGCGCCGAGCAGAAGCACAGCCCGACAGAAGACACAGGCCCGAAAAGACAGGGUAAGAAAACGGGGCCACAGAACAGAAAAGACCAGGACCGAGCAAACAAGACAGCAAAAGACAAGGGCCGAGCAGAAGACACAGGCGCCGAGCAGAAACACAGGCCGAGCAAAGAAAGCGCCGAGCAAAAAACACGAACCGAGCAAAGACACAGGCGAGGAGAAGACAAGCGCCGAGCAGAAGACACAGGCACGAGCAGAAGACAACGCGCCGAGCAAAAAGACACGGCACCGAGCAAAGACACAGGCGCCGAGCAAAAGCACAGUGAUUGAUGAUGAUGAUGACGAUGAGGAUGAGGAUGAGAAUGAGGAUGAUGAGGAUGAGGAUUAG